AUGGCGGACGACAAACAAACACUUGAAGCCGAAUCGGUCCCUAACGUUGAAAAAGAAGACUCGCCGGAGAGGAGUCCAACACCUCCAGCUGACAAAACUUCCCCACCGGCAUCACCAACUUCGAAGGGCUCGCAGUCAGGGGAGAACAGACUCCGACCAGCCUCCGAUAUACUCAACCGCCUCAUCUGGGAUGAAAACUACGAUAGCACAGACUUUGUUAUCGGGUACGAGGAUCGAUUUGAAGGACGCUUGGAAGCCAGUGUCAACUCGUGGAAAAGAGAGUUGACGGACGAGGAAUUCAUCCCUCAACACCGCAUCUUGUACAUCAAGCGGAAGUCGGACUCUGAGAUUGUGUGGGAUAGACGUCGGAGGAUUGAUCAAAUCUUCAAGAGCGGGAAUUCUGCCUUUGAUUAUCUUGCUUUUCUCUGUUGA